AUGCAUUCGAUCUCGCCGCGUGUCUAUGUUUACAAGGACCAACUUGUACUGCGUCAGACUAGGGUACGAGAUACCGGUACUUAUACCUGUGUGUACCGUGGACGACCACGAAUUCUGUGGGCUAUAACAGUUCUGCCAGCGGGUCAGGAGCCUUACCGACAGACUAUUUCUCCGAUGGUGUACCUUAAAUCAAACGAGACAGACAAAAACAGCUCAAAACCGGACCGAACACUCCGAAUGAAGACAAUCAUACCGGCAAACAUCCAGAUUUUCACGUCGUGGGGUCCCUGGUCAGAAUGUGUUCCCUGUGUGGCUCAAAUUCCACCCGGAAUCCUCGAACUAGGAAUGACGGAAAAGGGUGGAGAGGGCUUCCAGAUUCGCGUUGGUACGUGCUACGUGCGCAUGCUUGACACCUUCUUCCCGGUGAGACCCUACAAACUGGCGCGGUACGCCACAGAACCACUAAGGGAAUUCGCCAAGGAGGGGUUGCCGUGUCGAUCGCACCUCAUCGUGCAAGGCGUUCUCGAAUCAGGUAUCCGUGUGCUACGCAAACGCCCCAGCGAACUCCUUAUUCGUCCUUGCUACAAGCCCUGUCCCUAUCCACGAGAUUCGAUACUCUACUCCUUCAUACCCUUCACGCGUGGCAUGACCAAAGAUAGCGCCAAGGAGGCAGCAGAGUACGUCUCCGAGCCCAUGUUAAAGCGAAUUCGGGUGAAGGAUGGCGACCGUUUCAGCCUAGCUUGUCCGAUUCGCGGAACAGUUCAUUCACCCAUCUCCUGGUUCCGACUGCCCGCAAGCAACAAGGAGACCAGUAACUUCACGAGCACCGCACUAAUGCCCGGUGCGUUCGGCGCGUUUGGGACGCCUUCCGGAUGGCUGGCGUUCCACAUGGAGCAAAUCAACCUCUCGACGCUCUUCGCCGACUCCCGCGGACGCAUUUCCCUGGACCCCGCCUACAAUCUGAUUUACGCCGAGGCCAAGUCGGGCACGGACGCGAAAUUAACCCUGGACAGCGGACGCAUUCCCGUCUUCCGCUUCGCCUGCGUGCACGGCGACGCACGAGGCAGCGACUUCAAAUGGUCCGACUGGUCGGGGAUUUGGUCUGUUGAAAUAAUCGUUCGUUGGUCUCACUUGCAAGUCAUCCAGGGACUGAGUACAGCUGUCGCCAUUCUGAUGCCUGCCUUCCUCUCCAUAACAACAGUCUGCAUGGGCAUCAAGUGCCUCGUGGACGAGCAGAAGCCGGUCAUGCGGGCUGCUGCACUCGGACGAACACCGCGACCAAAAAUCUAG